AAUUUUCACAUCCAUCUCGUUGAAUUUUAUUGUGAAGUCCGUUUUAUUUGGUGUUGAAAACAAAACGAUUCGCGUUUAUAUAGUAGUAAGUUUUAGUGUACAUCAUCUGCGUGCAGUCAAAAGCGCAGGCGACGCAUACACACAAUAUACAUACAAAACACAGUGCGGCGGCCUCUGCUGUGUGUGCAAUUUUUGCAUUUGCUGCCGCGCGUUGGUUUCUUCAAACGAACCACAGAAUUUAAACAAGUGAUUAAUAAGCACAACAAUAAGAACAACAACAUCACCAACAUGCAGAACGGUAAAAACGCCAUGUCCAUCGAACAGAUGUACCAGAAGAAAUCGCAGCUGGAGCACAUUCUGUUGCGACCGGACUCGUAUAUUGGUUCCGUUGAGUUUACCAAGGAGCUGAUGUGGGUUCUUGAUCUUGAGAAAAAUCGCAUGGUUCAGCGUGAGAUAUCAUUUGUACCGGGUCUUUACAAGAUUUUCGAUGAGAUCCUGGUGAAUGCAGCCGAUAAUAAGCAGCGUGACAAAUCGAUGAACACCAUUAAAGUGGACAUUGAUCCGGAGAAGAAUAUUGUGUCGAUUUGGAACAAUGGCCAGGGCAUUCCGGUCACUAUGCACAAGGAGGAGAAUAUGUAUGUACCCACCAUGAUAUUUGGUCAUCUGUUGACCUCGUCGAAUUAUAACGAUGAUGAGAAGAAGGUCACUGGCGGUCGCAAUGGCUACGGCGCCAAAUUGUGCAACAUCUUCUCGGACAGCUUCACAGUGGAAACAUCCACCAAGCAGUUCAGAAAGAGUUUCAAGCAAACUUGGGGUAACAACAUGGGCAAAGCGGGCGAUCCAAUCAUAAAAGACUCUAGCGGCACUGAUUUUACACGGAUUACGUUUAGUCCAGAUUUGACUAAGUUUAAGAUGGAUUCGCUGGAUAAGGAUAUUGUGGCGCUGAUGUCGAGACGCGCCUACGAUGUGGCCGCCUCCACGAAGGGUGUGUCUGUAUUCCUCAACGGCACCAAGGUGCCUGUGAAGGGCUUCAAGGACUACAUUGAUUUGUUUGUAAAGAAUGACGAUGAGGAUUCGGGUCAACCCAUCAAGGUGGUCUAUGAGGCGUGCGGUGAUCGCUGGGAGGUGGCCGUUUGCCCAUCGGAGCGUGGCUUUCAGCAAGUCUCAUUCGUCAAUUCGAUAGCCACAACCAAGGGUGGUCGCCAUGUCGAUCAUGUUGUGGACAAUGUCAUCAAGCAGCUUAUUGAGGUCCUAAAGAAGAAGAACAAGAAUGGCAUUAGUAUUAAACCGUUUCAAGUGCGCAAUCACUUGUGGAUAUUCGUCAAUUGCCUCAUCGAGAAUCCUACCUUUGACUCACAGACCAAAGAGAACAUGACGCUGCAGGCCAAGAGUUUCGGCUCCAAGUGUGUGCUAUCCGAUAAGUUUAUUGGGUCCGUUUCGAAGGCGGGCAUUGUUGAAUCUGUACUCGCUUGGGCCAAGUUCAAGGCACAAAACGAUAUUGCCAAAACCGGCGGCAAGAAGUCGUCCAAAAUUAAGGGUAUUCCCAAGCUAGAGGAUGCCAACGAGGCGGGCACCAAAAACUCCAUACAAUGCACGCUUAUCCUCACCGAGGGUGACUCGGCAAAAUCCUUGGCCGUCUCCGGCCUGGGCGUCAUUGGUCGCAACUAUUACGGCGUGUUUCCGCUGCGCGGUAAACUACUCAAUGUGCGCGAGGCCACUUUCAAGCAACUGACCGAGAAUGCCGAGAUCAAUAAUCUGUGCAAGAUCAUUGGACUGCAGUAUAAGAAGAAAUAUUUGAGUAUCGAUGAUCUGAAGACGCUUCGCUAUGGCAAGGUGAUGAUCAUGACUGAUCAGGACCAGGAUGGUUCCCACAUUAAGGGUCUGCUCAUCAAUUUUAUACACACCAACUGGCCGGAAUUGUUGCGUCUGCCGUUCCUCGAGGAGUUCAUUACGCCCAUUGUGAAGGCAACGAAAAAGAAUGAGGAGCUCUCCUUCUAUUCGAUGCCCGAAUUCGAGGAAUGGAAAAUGGAUACAGCCAAUCAUCAUACGUAUAAUAUCAAGUACUAUAAGGGUCUCGGUACUUCAACCUCCAAGGAGGCCAAAGAGUAUUUCCAGGACAUGGAGCGCCAUCGGAUUCUGUUCAAAUACGACGGUCAGGUGGAUGAUGAUAACAUUGUAAUGGCGUUCGCCAAGAAGCAUGUAGAUUCACGCAAAACAUGGUUAACGAAUCACAUGGACGAAGUGAAGCGACGCAAGCAAUUGGGCUUGCCGGAACGCUACCUGUAUACGAAGGGCACCAAGCAAGUGAGCUACUCGGAUUUCAUCAAUUUGGAACUGGUACUCUUCUCCAAUGCGGACAAUGAACGCUCUAUACCCAGUCUGGUGGAUGGCCUCAAACCUGGCCAGCGCAAAGUGAUGUUCACGUGCUUCAAGCGUAACGAUAAGCGCGAGGUGAAGGUGGCUCAGCUAUCGGGUUCGGUGGCCGAAAUGUCUGCCUAUCAUCACGGCGAGGUGUCGCUGCAGAUGACGAUUGUGAAUCUGGCGCAGAACUAUGUGGGCUCAAACAAUAUCAAUUUGCUGGAGCCACGCGGUCAGUUCGGUACACGUUUGACGGGCGGCAAAGAUUGUGCGAGUGCUCGUUAUAUUUUCACAUUAAUGUCGCCGCUGACCCGUCUCAUCUAUCAUCCAUUGGAUGAUCCACUGCUGCAGUAUCAGACAGAUGAUGGACAGCGCAUUGAGCCACUUUGGUAUAUACCCAUCAUACCGAUGGUUCUGGUUAAUGGCGCCGAGGGCAUUGGCACCGGCUGGUCCACCAAGAUAGCCAAUUAUAAUCCACGCGAAUUGAUCAACAAUUUGCGACGCAUGAUCAAUGGUGAGGAGCCGUUGCUAAUGCAUCCAUGGUAUAAGAACUUUACCGGCAACAUGGACUACGUCAACGAUGGACGUUACGUGCACUCGGGUAAUAUUCAGAUGUUGUCAGACAAUCGCAUCGAGAUCACUGAGCUGCCAAUUGGUGUGUGGACUCAAACGUACAAGGAGAAUGUAUUGGAGGCCCUGUCCAAUGGCACCGAGAAGGUGAAAGCGAUUGUCAGUGAAUAUCGUGAAUUUCAUACGGAUACAACGGUGCGUUUUGUGGUCAGCUUCAAUCCUGGUGAAUUUGAGCGUUUGCGGAGCGAGAAUGGCGGUUUCCAUCGCGUCUUCAAGCUGAGCUCCUCAAUAUCCACAAAUCAAAUGCAUGCAUUCGAUGAUAGCAAUUGCUUGCGUCGCUUCUCCUCGCCCAAGGAUAUACUGCUGGAGUUCUACAAGUUGCGCCUGGAGUAUUAUAACCGGCGCAAGGAUUAUCUUGUUGGUCAGCUAACGGCUCAGGCGGAUCGCCUCAGCGAUCAGGCGCGCUUCAUUCUCGAAAAGUGUGAGAAGAAGCUGGUGGUUGAGAAUAAGCAGCGCAAGGUCAUGAUUGAUGAGCUGAUCAAGCGUGGUUAUCGUCCCGAUCCUGUCAAAGAAUGGCAGCGACGCAUCAAAAUAGAGGAGGCCGAAACGGCCGAUGCUGAAGAGGAAGAAGACGAGGAAACUGGAGCGUCUGGCUCUGGCAAGAAGGUCAAAAAGGAGCUGGAUCCAGAGAAGGCAUUCCAAAAGCUCACCGAAGUCAAGAAAUUCGACUAUCUACUUGGUAUGUCCAUGUGGAUGCUAACGGAGGAGCGCAAAAACGAACUGCUUAAGCAACGCGACACUAAAUUGAUCGAACUGGAUAAUCUGAUGAAGAAGACGCCAAAUCAUCUGUGGAUGGAUGAUCUCGAUAAUCUCGAACAGAAGCUCGACGAGGUCGAGGAGAAGGAGCGUCUCGAGGAGCAAGGCAUCAAUCUGAAGCAGGCAAAGGCUAUAAAAUCGCAAAAGGCAGCAGGCGGUCGUGGCAAAAAAGGCAAAGCUGCAUCUGGCAACGAGGACAUCUUUCCCGAUCCCACCGGCGAGCGGGUGGCAUUUAAGCUCACCGAUGAACUACUCAAAAAAUAUGAGGCGCUUGUCAAUCGGCGUGUGCCCAAGGUUAAAGCAGAGAAAAAGGAGCCCGGCGAGGAUGUCGAUGAUUUUGAUGCGCUCGUUGAAGGCGGCGCCACAAAAACAUCGCCCAAGGCAAAGAAAGCGAUUGCUGCCAAAAAGGAGCCCGGCAAUGCGAUCGACGAGUUCGAUGCGCUCGUCGAAGGCGGCACUGCAAAGGCUGACCCCAAGGCGAAGAAAGGGCCUGCGGCUAAAAAGGAGCCCGGUGAGAAGAAGCCACGGGCAAAGAAGGAGAACGGCGACGGACUCAAGCAGCCGAAACUGGACUUUGGCAAGACAAAGGGUAAGAAGCGAAAGGGUUCGGAUGAUUCUGAUAUUGAGGAUAUGGAAGUGGAGGCGGUACCACGUAUGGAACGUCCUGGUCGACGUGCGGCUAGUAAAAAAGUUGAUUACUCAUUCAUCAAUUCGGAUGAUGAGGGCGGUAAUUCUAUGGCGGAUAAUAGCCACGUCGUUAACAUUCAUGAUGAUACUGACCAGUCCGAUGACUCGCCCAUUAAGCAUCCGGCCAAGCGUCAACGAGACGACGACAGCAGCGGCGGAGCCAAAAAGAAGGCGGCACCCAAAAAACGUCGCAACAUUAUAGAUAGCGACGAUGAUGACGAUGUAGCGUUUGUGGACGAUGAGGAUGAUUCCGAUUAUGAGGUUUAAGCUACACGACACCCACCUAGGCAUUAAUAUAUAUAUAUAUAUUACUGAUGUUCUCAUAUGCAUCCAAUUGUCGUCGUCAUCGCGAUGCUGAUCUACAUCGUGGUAAAUUAUUUCAAAUUUUUUACCAAAAAGAACGAAUGCAAGCAAACGGAAGAAACCAAGCAAUGAAUACAAAUUGUAUUUAAGGUUAUAUUCCUUAUUAAUUAAGUGAAAAGUAUUUCUAAUAUACCAAUUUGCCCAACGGCAACUACUUAAGACUAGUUAAAACACACACACUCACACAGUCAAAUGGAAUAUAAUCAUUAUAUAUAACCAAAACGAUCAGUUUUUAGCAUUGAAAUUGUCUGUAACAACUCCAUUUAUCGAAACAGCAAAAAAGAAAAGAGAAAGAUAGGCAAACAUUAAUAUUUUAAUCAUAUUGUAUAACAACUUCGCAACAUUCUGUAAUUGUAGAUUUUAACAAAGAUUGUCCACAAGCCACAUAUACAAUAGAACACACUAAAGUCUACCAAAAUAUCAUGUUUUAUAGCAUAGUUUGUAGGUCUCACACAAUUACGUUUUAUUUUUCAUGUAAAUAAAUUUAUUUAACGUAAUCAUCUUGUUUUUAAUCUACAAACUAUAUCAAUGGUGAAUAUGAGGAAAAUAUGUUUUUGGUUUCAGUAGGAAUUGUUUAAGCUUUACACCAAUUGUACUUAUUCAACUAUUCUUUAUAAACUUGUGCUAAUUGGGCAUUGCAGAAAUUCUAUAAAGUCAAAUAAAAUAUCUGAAUAUCACUUA